ACCCAGAAGCGGUUUCCAUGGCGACUCCCUUAGCGACGAGGCGAUGGCGGAGAAGUUCGACUCCUUGGAGGAGCACCUGGAGAAGUUUGUGGAGAACAUCCGGCAGUUGGGCAUCAUCGUCAGCGAUUUUCAGCCCAGCAGCCAGGCGGGCCUCAACCAGAAGCUGAAUUUUAUGGUUACUGGUUUGCAAGAUGUUGACAAGUGCCGGCAGCAGCUUCAUGAUAUCAGUGUGCCUUUGGAAGUCUUUGAGUACAUAGAUCAAGGCCGCAACCCUCAACUGUAUACUAAAGAAUGUUUGGAAAGGGCUCUGGCUAAAAAUGAGCAGGUGAAAGGCAAAAUUGAUACUAUGAAGAAAUUCAAAAGCUUGUUGAUUCAAGAGCUGACAAAAAUGUUCCCGGAGGACAUGGCCAAGUACAAAGCUAUUCGAGGUGAAGAUCCUUCUCCGUGAGAGAGAAUUAUGUUUUCCACCAUUGCACAUUUUUUUCCCUCUGGGUACUGCAGAUAGGCUGCUGUGACAAUAUUGACUUGCCCAGAGGACUGAAGAAAUCAGACUUUUCUGCUGGGUGACGAUAUGCGAAAUGUUUUGUUCUUUCGCCAGACAGCCGGCAGAUUCCCAUGCUGGAUGAUGGCUUCAAGACUCUUGGUUUUGGCAGCUGCCUUCCCAUACUGUCUCUCCGCUCUGUUGUUUUUGUAAUAUGUUGUUCAAAUGUUUCAACAUGACCUGCCAUGUGGGAUGGGGAAAGCAGUCUGUUGUUCUUGGUGCAGUCAACCUAAAAAAAGAAGCAGAAGAAA